GUUUUCCCUUGGGACAGCCGAACGCGAGUGGCUAUGUGGCGAUCCGGGUGGCAGUCCGUGAAGGCAUGGACACUGCACGCCAGAUCUCGGUGUCCGGUUCAAGCUGCACCACGUGAGGUGACAGAGGCUCGCCGCGGUUUCUUCGCAUCGAAGUGGCAGAAACGGCUGGGGCACUUGCUGGAGGGCCGCCGCAGACCUCCGCCCCCGGAGAUCCCAGACAAGGAAGCCUUGAGCAACAACUUCGAGCUCAAGCCCUGCAAGCCCAUCCUUGGGUCCAAGAGGACGGGUGUGUUGGCCUACAAGAUCGGCUGCAUGUCUCUUUGGGACGAGUGGGGAGUGAAGCACAUGGUGACGGUUUGCCAGCUGGAUCGGCUACAUGUCGUGCAAACAAUGACUUUGCAGAAGAACGGCUAUGAGGCGGUGCAGCUUGGCCUGGGCUACCGGUCCAUACACCGCCUCAGUAGACCAGAAAUCGGCACCUUCAUUAAAGCCGGCGUGGGGCCGAAGCACCACAAGUGCGAGUUCCGGGUGUCUUCUGACUGCCUGCUGCCAGCAGGAUUGGAGCUCACCGUGCGGCACUUCGUGCCGGGCCAGUGGGUCUUUGUCUCCGGAUGGAGCAAAGGCAGAGGCUACCAAGGAGUCAUGCAGCGCUGGGGCUUCCAGGGAGGCGGCUCCGACAAGCAUGGCCACAAGAAGAACCACCGCUCUGCGGGCUCAUUGGGCCAGCGUGGCAUCGGAAGGGUCUGGGCGCACAAGAAGAUGGCGGGGCACAGAGGCCCAGAUCCGCGGUGUGUGAACGCCAAGGUGUUCAGAAUUGAGAGCGCGCGGAAUCUCAUCUUCCUGAGGGGCGCCUUGCCUGGCUACAAGGGCAGCGUGGUGAAGAUCAGCGACGCACGGGGGAAGACGGGGCUGAAGAACAACCACAUCCGCCUGCCGAGGCUCGCUUCAAGGCUGGAGCAGGAACUUUGGCCCUAUCCGACCUUCGUGCCUAUGCCUGGUAUCGAGUAUCCUGUCACGGUGCAGGAGCCUCCGCCACAGCGAGACCCAUUCCUGUAUCCAGAGCAGCCGCUCUACCAGCCGAAUGACUGACCAUGAUAUUUGUUU